CAACGCGACCAUGAGCAUCGCCCUGGGCCACGUCCUCAAGGGUUUGGUGGCCAGCAAGUACGCGCAGAGGGACACGGCCGAGAACGUGCUUCACGCGCUCAAGACCUCCGGACAUCUGGACCAGGGUCACGCCGUGGUCGACCACGUGUACGGACCUACGGUGGCCGUGCACCUGGGAACGGUGUCUUCGUGGUCAAAUAGCAAGAUACCCACCAUUGGGGGCGGUGGUCUGUGGACAACGCCCACGUGUCCCCGGGAGUUCCGGGUUGCUGAUAGGACAGCGAGGCUCACCGAUGCAGAAAUACUCGGAACCCUGGAUGGUUUUAUCCUGGCCAUGACGAUGAAGAGAAUGAACAAAGAUCGACCGCGCCGACUAAGCCAGAUUAUUGACGGCUACUACAGCUUCAGGGGCAUCCGGGAACUCCUUCCCGAGUUCCCCGAGGGCCUUUCUUUUUGCAAGCGUAAGCAGGCCGUGGCGCGGCUAUUGUCGGCACCCAGGCUAGAAGAACAAGUGGUGCUGGUGGCGAGAAUGUACGCUCAACUGGUCAACGACGCUGAGCUGAAGCGCAGCGCACUGAAGAACUCCCUGCUGCCCACCCUCAAGAGCUUUCACUCUAGGCUUGACCAUCUGCUCAAACCAUCAAAGGAGUGCGUUGAAAGCAACGACGAUAACCUGGUCACUUGCGAUACGCAAACAGAUAUCCUCAUUCUUCUGGAUCCUAUCCCUGGUAACACCAUCUACGAGAAUUACCAAAGGAAGAUUGCCAGCUACAUGGCCGAGAGGCUGCUGAAAACGGGUGGCCGUCACACGGCGGUCAGCUUGUCGGCAGCUGCCCUGAGCGAAGACGCCACCGAGCUAGAGCUGACGUACAACUCACGCCAUGACACGCACGCUUCGCCGUCCUGUGCCAUUGAGAACAUGGCAGGCUGCUCGCAGUGCACAGAAGUGGACAUAUGGCGCGCAGUGCUUAAAACAUGGGACAGGCUUCGACCCCGAGGACAGCUAGCCUAUCCGCUGUCUCCAUCCAAGGUGGUGGUUUACUUCAAGUUCAGCUCCUUCAGAGCGAAUCUCGAGGACGUGCGCACAGUCGUCCAGCACCUUCGAGAAAAGCAUGAAGAUCUCAAGAUCUUUACAGUGGGGCCAAGGACCGACAUAUUGCGUGCUUUCAAGUACGGGCCCCGCGACUCUGUCGUGGUCAUUCCGAACUCCAUGGACGACGUGCUGCUCAGGCAGAUUGCACGCGAACUCACCGAAGAGGUUUGCCGAGGUGAGCCUGCCGAGCUGAACUAG